CGCCCAGGGUUUGUUGACAGCGGAGGCGGCGGCGGCUGGCCGCUCUGAGUCGUAGAAACCGGAUCGGGGGAGGGGCUGGCCCCGGGAGGCAGCACCUGGCGGCCCUCAGCCCUGCCCGCAGCCAGGGCAAGGUAACGGCCACGGGGUCCCUGUCGUGACCCGCUCCGGCCCCGGUCUCGAGCCCUCAGCAUCACAGGCUCCGCCCCGCCGACCCCCGGGCGCCCCGGACCCCGGCCCUAGGCGGACGAGAUCCCCAACCUCCUGAAGCGCUCUGGCCCCGGAUUCUCCCGGGCCCCAACCUCCGCUCCUCCUCGCCUACGAAGCAUCCUGACUGCUUCCCAGCGCUGAGGGCAGCCCCAUCCCAGGAACCGUGCUACUGAAGUGCUGGAAAAAAUACGGAUUUGUUUCAGAUGACAAAUGACCACUGUGCUCUGGCCUUGUGCUGCUGUAGCUCUGCCAAUGAUCCCUUGAGUACUGGGGAGUCACUGUUGCCCUUGGGGCCCUUGUCCUGGAGUGGCCACCUGCCUGCUCCCAGCAUGGCGUCUGAUACGCCCGAGUCCCUGAUGACCCUCUGUACUGACUUCUGCCUACGCAACCUGGAUGGCACCCUGGGCUACCUGCUGGAUAAGGAGACCCUGCGGCUACAUCCAGACAUCUUCUUGCCCAGCGAGAUCUGUGACCGGCUGGUCAAUGAGUAUGUGGAGCUGGUCAAUACCGCCUGCACCUUCGAGCCACACGAGAGCUUCUUCAGCCUCUUCUCUGACCCCCGCAGUACCCGCCUCACCCGGAUCCACCUCCGUGAGGACCUGGUGCAGGACCAGGAUCUGGAGGCCAUUCGCAAGCAGGACCUGGUUGAGCUGUACCUGACCAAUUGUGAGAAGCUGUCCGCCAAGAGCCUGCAGACAUUGCGGAGUUUCAGCCACACCCUGGUGUCCUUGAGCCUCUUUGGCUGCGCCAACAUUUUCUACGAGGAGGAGAACCCCGGGGGCUGUGAAGACGAGUGCCUCGUCAACCCCACCUGCCAGGUGCUGGUGAAGGACUUCACCUUCGAGGGCUUUAGCCGCCUGCGCUUCCUCAACCUGGGCCGCAUGAUCGAUGGGGUCCCUGUGGAGUCACUGCUACGGCCGCUCAACUCUCUGGCCGCCUUGGACCUCUCAGGCAUUCAGACAAGUGACGCUGCCUUCCUAACCCAGUGGAAGGACAGCCUGGUGUCCCUUGUGCUCUACAACAUGGACCUUUCAGAUGACCACAUCCGUGUCAUUGUCCAGCUGCACAAGCUGCGACACCUAGACAUCUCCCGAGACCGUCUCUCCAGCUACUACAAGUUCAAGCUGACCCGGAAGGUGCUGAGCCUCUUUGUACAAAAGCUUGGGAACCUAAUGUCUCUGGACAUCUCUGGUCACAUGAUCCUAGAGAACUGCAGCAUUUCCAAGAUGGACGAGGAAGCCGGGCAGACCAGCAUCGAGCCUUCCAAGAGCAGCAUCAUGCCUUUCCGGGCUCUGAAGAGGCCACUGCAGUUCCUCGGGCUCUUUGAGACCUCCCUGUGUCGCCUCACACACAUUCCCGCCUACAAAGUAAGUGGUGACAAAAAUGAGGAGCAGGUGCUGAAUGCCAUCGAGGCCUAUACGGAGCACCGGCCUGAGAUCACCUCGCGGGCCAUCAACCUGCUUUUUGACAUUGCACGAAUUGAACGCUGCAAUCAGCUUCUGAGGGCCCUGAAGCUGGUCAUCACUGCCCUCAAGUGCCACAAAUAUGACAAGAACAUUCAGGUGACAGGCAGCGCUGCACUCUUCUACCUGACCAAUUCCGAAUAUCGCUCAGAGCAGAGUGUCAAGCUGCGCCGGCAGGUCAUCCAGGUGGUGCUGAAUGGCAUGGAAUCCUACCAGGAGGUGACGGUGCAGCGGAACUGCUGCCUGACCCUCUGCAACUUCAGCAUCCCUGAGGAGCUGGAGUUCCAGUACCGCCGGGUCAAUGAACUGCUGCUCAGCAUUCUCAACCCCACCCGGCAGGAUGAGUCCAUCCAGCGCAUCGCCGUGCACCUGUGCAACGCCCUGGUCUGCCAGGUGGACAAUGACCACAAGGAAGCCGUGGGCAAGAUGGGCUUUGUUGUGACCAUGCUGAAGCUGAUCCAGAAGAAGCUGCUGGACAAGAUAUGUGACCAGGUGAUGGAGUUUUCCUGGAGCGCCCUGUGGAACAUCACAGAUGAGACGCCUGACAACUGCGAGAUGUUCCUCAAUUUCAAUGGCAUGAAGCUCUUCCUCGACUGCCUGAAGGAAUUCCCAGAAAAGCAGGAACUGCAUCGAAAUAUGCUGGGACUCUUGGGGAAUGUGGCAGAGGUGAAGGAGCUGCGGCCUCAGCUAAUGACUUCCCAGUUCAUCAGCGUCUUCAGCAACCUGCUGGAGAGCAAGGCUGACGGCAUCGAGGUUUCCUACAAUGCCUGUGGUGUCCUCUCCCACAUCAUGUUUGACGGGCCCGAGGCCUGGGGCGUCUGUGAGCCGCAGCGGGAGGAGGUGGAGGAGCGCAUGUGGGCAGCCAUCCAGAGCUGGGACAUCAACUCCCGGAGGAAUAUCAACUACAGGUCCUUUGAGCCAAUUCUCCGCCUCCUUCCCCAGGGCAUCUCUCCUGUCAGCCAGCACUGGGCAACCUGGGCCCUGUACAACCUAGUGUCUGUCUACCCCGACAAGUACUGCCCCCUGCUGGUCAGAGAAGGUGGAAUGCCCCUUCUGAGGGACGUGAUCAAGAUGGCAACUGCAAGGCAGGAGACCAAGGAAAUGGCCCGCAAGGUGAUUGAGCACUGCAGCAACUUUAAAGAGGAGAACAUGGACACGUCCAGAUAGAGGUCUCAGCCCGCAGACGCCACUGCUCGGACCACAGGCCCAGAGCAGCCUCACGUGGCCCAGCUGGCAGGUCCCUCCAGGAGCCUCCCACGUGACAAAGACAGAGGGGACUUUUGCACAACCGACGCUUUUCCUUAACAUUAGUGAGAUAUAUAUAUUAUAUAUAUAUAUACAUAUAUAUAUAUAUUAUUUUUUUGGUUAGGAAGUGUGAAGUUUUGUGUGUAUGAUUUCUGUACAAAAACAAAAGAAACCUCCCUGAAUUCUUGCCACUUCCUUGGCCAUUCUCACCCUGACUCCAAGCCUUCAUUGCUGCCACACUCACUCCUACCCCAGCCAGACUACAUGCCUCUAACGUUGUGAGUGUCCCGACCUUUCCUGGUGACCUCAACCCUGGCCGGCCUCCCGUCUGUCUGGAGAGGAGUCCGCGUGGGUCAGCCUGCUCCAGCAUCCUAAGCCACACACCCAGGCCUGACAACCCCACUGGGCUCCUGGGCAUGGCUGAUGGAGUGUGGGGAUUAAAACUGUCCCCACUGGGUCUCCCAGAAGCCUUGGUGCUCCCGGCUGUGGGCUAUCAGGGGCAGGACAGUGAGUGGCUCCCAGGCCUAGGGCCAGGCUGCCCCCGCUCCCGAGGCCCCACCCUCUGGCCAGGCCUGCUGCGGCCAUGCUGCUAUGGAGAUUGCUUCUGCGUCUCCCAUCAGGCCCCAGGCUGUUGAAGGCCCCAGCCCAGGGAUGGCCAGAACUCGGGGGCAGAUUCUACUGCCCCUUCUGCCAAACAUAUCCCAUUCCUGCCCUGCUCUGGAAGCCAGCACCUUCUGGGGCCAGGGCCUUGCUCCCACUCUCCACAGCCCUCAUUUUCCCAUAAGCUCCCAAGGUGCCCAGGCACCCCCACCAGCAGAACUGAACCUGCCUCAUUCACCCCUGCCUGCCCCGCUGCCCAGAGGACCCCACACCUCUCCGAGGCAGGAGGUCCCCACUUUAGCCCUUCACAGUGGCAGCAGGCAGCCACCUCCAGACCAGCCCUGGGCCAGGCUGUACCUGGGAAACCUCUGUGCUGUGUUGUAGACCCCAUGAGAGGCUGCUGCUUCUCCACACCUUGUGUACCCCCUGCUCCAACUUGGAGUUGCUUCUCAUCGGACAUACGGGUGGCGGGCCACGGGGAACAAGAGACCUGGGGCAGAGCCAACCCUGGAGGCAGCCUUCCUCCUUGGCCCUGUUUUGGAUUCUCCUGGCUUUUCUACCUCCAGGUAGAGCAGACCAGGCAGCCCUUUUCUCCCUGAGUCUUUCCCUCUAGGCCCUGGGAAGGGGGCUCACCCCUGUUCCCUCCAGUGUGGCAGAUGGCCACCUUGGCCCCUUCCUUCCAUCCCAGGCCCCAACAGCCCCAGCCAGACCCGGGGCAGAGCUCACUCAUAUCGCAUUGCUUUCUCAGCCUGGGGCCUGGGGAAAUGUCUGUACUUUGGGAUGUCACAGAAAUACAUUUUUGUGCAAAGUGCAGCAGAA